UGGGUCUUUAAUAAAACUGCGACGUUUUUGGCAAAAUAGCCAAUUGUCUUGUUUUUGGCUUUCCUUUGCCGACGCUACUUUACCAAAUUGCCUUCUGUGCUGAACGCGAAGACAUAUUCAGAACAGGGACCAGUCAGGAGCUUGUGCAAAGUACUCCUCCGAAGCACCAUUGCCGGCCAUCGAGAGGCGAAAUUAUGAGUAAUCGAAGCAGAUUUUAGCUCGCAACCUUCGAUUCCAACCUCCUUCAGCUCGCGACUUCACUUCGAAACCUCCUCUGAGCUCCAACCCCCUCUUCGAUCUUCGAUCCAUCUUGCUAGUACGCCCCUCUUUGAGAUGUGACCUUGUCUGCAAGAGCCCAUCAUCGCGCUUCAAUCCAUCAGGAUCUUAACCCCCUUUCACAGCGAACAACACAUCUCGAGUGACUGGCAGCUCCAACCCGUCUUCGCCCUUCGAUGUACUGUUAAGGUUAUGUUUCUAAGGCAUUUUGCGACUUUCACUUUACUGUUCUUGCUGCGUAUUGUAAAGAAUAAUGUGUGGGAUGUUCAAAAUUUGAUGUCCGGAAGCCCCAAAAAUUUGACUGUGAGGUCAAAAUUUGUGCGCUGCUUUCAAUUUUCCAAAUCAUCACAUUUAGAGGUGUUGGACAGUAGAGUUACAGAUUAGUUGUGCAGAGUAUUGUGGUGGAUGAACCAAGUCUCGGCAAUGCUGAAAAUGAACCAUGAAAAAUUGAGCUGGUUUGAAUAUUGACACGAUAAACUGGCCAUGCUCUGAAUUCAAUGUCAGAUUUCAUUUUUCAAAAUAUUGAGAAAGUGGAUGACCACAAUACGGCAUUGACUUCAAUUCAUAUGAGUUGGUCAUGAAUUUUGAAGGGUGCUGUUUUGUCGGAGUUGGUGGUUGUAUUCGAUAGUCCUUAUAUAAAUUUACCAAGAUUAAGAUUCAUUAGAAUUGCCUAAAUUCAGUGAAUGAAGCAUAUGUUUGUGCUUCUGAUGGAAAUUACAUGGAGAACUUGUGCUUCUGAUUGUGCUUUGGCAUAUUAUUGCCCCCAUGAGUGUGUCUCGCUUUGUUGAAAUGCGACUGCAGUCAUGUUUUCAUAUUAUUGUAGCAUUAAUUCUUGUGUUUUUACCCCAAAAUGAACUCUCUGAUGCUAUUUCUGUGAUUUUAAAUUGUCUUCUCCGGCUAUAAAUGAGAUUGGUAUCUGCAGUCUAACUUCAUACUGCUGUUUGGUGCUACAAAACAGGGUAGGUUGGUGUUUUCAUUGCCGUUCUCUAAAGUUACAUGCCCCCUAUUACCCGCCGUGCUUCCAAAGCAUUGAAGACGAAAAAUUGUGACAGUCCAAGGGGAUCCAACUCAGCUUGGGGGGAAAACGAUUUACAAACGUGCAUUUCUAACUACUACAAGAUGAGAAAACAAAGGCGCAAUCCAGGUGGACAGAAAUUUUAUUUCACUAGGAAGCAGGAAAUAGAAAUUGCUGAGCGCCUAGUCAGCAUGCAUAGAGCUAGUGAAAUUAGGGACAAUAAUAUUGGUAGCUACGUGGUUCCCGAAAUUCAACAGCAGUUGAACAGCCAAUUUGGCACAUCGUUCACUUGGGACAGCAUAAGAGCCAAAUACUAUGCCUUGCGAGAACUUACCAAGCUGUACAUUGGCUUCAAGAGGCGGGAAACGGGACUGGGUUGGGAUAGCCAGAACUUUACCUGGCUCAUGGACGAUAGCAAGUGGGCUGAGCUUGCACAGGUGAACCCAAAAUUUUUAAAAUUUCAAGAUGACUGCACCGUCUACCACUUGCUUGAGGAGGUUUUUGUCAACCAAGGAGCAACGGGAGAUUUCAGCGCUGGCUUUGAGAACGAGCCCCGUACUUCACCCGAGGAGAGAUACAUGGAGAACCUUGCCCGAUCGUCACGGGGAAAGGGAAGGUUGGAUGCUGUGCAUGAGGGUGUUCAAACUGAGUUAGCAGGAGCAAAUGAAGCGAAAGGGAGAAAGGGCAAAGGAAAGCGAAAAUCGGGGGACAUGUCAAGCGGUAGUCCUAUGUCCACCGCCUCCCAUUCUGAUAGGUACAUGAAGGCUCUUGACACCAUUGAGUCCCUGGUUAGUCGCCAUAAGAGCAGCAGCAUGGGCGUGUCAGUCAGUUCUCCGGACAAGCAGUGUUCCGGCCGCGGUGGCCCGACCAAAACCACCUAUGAAGUUGCCAUGGAUCAACUUCGGGGAAUGGAGAACAUUUCAUACGCCUCCAAAAUGGCCGUGGCUGAAAUAUUGAAGGAUAAGCAAGAGCUGGCCAUUUGGAAUUUAGCACAAUCGGACGCCGACCGCAUCACAUUUAUGAAAACGAAAGGCUGUUUCCCACCUGAUACGCAGGAGCCCCCUCCCCCACCUCCGUUCUAGGCGUUUCAUUUCCAUCGGGAGCUUGUAUCUGAGACUUGAGUUGUUGACUUACUUUCUUUAUAGCCAACUCAGCUUGUUGUAGCAUUUGCUACCGAUACAUUUGAGUGUUUUUUUUUCAGAGGUGUUGUGAUUUGUCUAUUUGGAUUCUGGCCCCGUACUGGCCAUGAGUUUGUUCAGUUUUUAUUGCAUUCGGCUGGAGUUGUUGGGUUUUUAUUAUUAUUGAUGAUGUGUUUGUGGCA